AGCCGCCCCCGCUGCGGCGGAGAGCGCAUGAACGGGGCGGCCAUGGCGGCGGGCCCCGGCCGCAGCCCCUGCAUCCGGGAGGGGGACUGCGCCGUUCUGAAGCGCGACGACGUCUUCAAAGCCGUCCCGGUGCUGCGCAGAAGAAAAAUUAUUUUUGAGAAGCAGUGGUUCUACUUGGAUAAUGCCAUAGGCCACAUCUAUGGAACUACAUUUGAAGUCACCAGUGGUGGAAGCCUCCAGCCAAAGCAAGAGGUAGAAGAGGCAACCACAGAGACUAAAGAAGCAGGUACAGACAAUCGGAACAUAGUUGACGAUGGCAAGUCUCAAAAGCUCACUCAUGAUGACAUAAAGGCUCUGAAGGACAAGGGUAUUAAAGGACAGGAAAUAGUUCAGCAGCUAAUAGAGAACAGCACCACGUUCAGAGACAAAACAGAGUUUGCUCAAGAUAAAUACAUCAAGAAGAAGAAGAAGAAGUAUGAGGCUGUCAUUACCAUUGUGAAGCCAUCCACCCGCAUUCUGUCAACCAUGUACUAUGCAAGGGAGCCUGGGAAAAUCAACCACUUGCGCUACGACACCCUAGCUCAGAUGCUGACCUUGGGCAACGUCCGUGCUGGCAACAAGAUGAUUGUGAUGGAAACCUGUGCAGGCCUGGUGCUGGGAGCUGUGAUGGAGCGUAUGGGAGGCUAUGGAACCAUCAUUCAGAUGUAUCCAGGAGGGGGACCUGUCAGAGCUGCUACCAGUUGCUUUGGAUUUCCAAAGCAUUUUUUGGAUAACCUUCAUGAAUUUCCUCUCAGCAAAGUGGAGAGUCUCCUCUCUGGGACGUUUUCUACAGAGGCUCUGCCUUCAGAACCUGAAGGGAACACUCUAGUGGAAGAAGAAAGCAAUGGACUGAGCGAUGAGAAGCAGGUAACAGAGGAGGAGCCUGCUACUGAAGCAUCUAUGGAGGUCAACCAGACAGAAGAGCAGGAAACAAUGGACACCAGCACCGAAGAUGUAGAGUUUAAAGAGAACAAAGAGAAAGAAAUGAAAGAAAAUGUGCGGGAAAAGCAAAGGAAGCAAUGGGAGAGGAGGAAAAAGCUGAUAGAAACUGCUGCCCUGCUGAGAGAGAGGAACUCUGAUGGCCUAAUUAUAGCCAGCAAGUUUCACCCCACUCCUUUAUUGCUUUCUUUGCUGGAGUUUGUGGCUCCUUCAAGGCCUUUUGUUGUCUACUGCCAGUACAAAGAGCCCUUACUAGAAUGUUACACGAGGCUGAGGGAAAGAGGAGGUGUGGUUAACCUGAAGCUGUCUGAAACCUGGCUACGCAACUACCAGGUCUUACCAGAUAGAAGCCACCCAAAACUGACCAUGAGUGGAGGUGGAGGGUAUCUGCUGUCUGGCAUCACUGUUGUCCUGGAUAAGAACAGAUCUGAUUCCAGUCAUUCAGAAGCACUGAAGAUGGAAGAACCAUCAUCUAAAAGGUGCAAAGUUCAAGACCUCCACUGUUAGCAUCUGAAGAAUUGCUUUGGUUUGUGCAGCUCAGGACUGCUCCCUUAGGAAAACAACAGAGAAUACCUCCUGUGCUCUCAAGCAGCACAGGCACUGGAACUGGCACAACCCACGCAGCAAGAGGCAGCAGAACUGCCUGCUGGGAGGGUUCUCCUGCUUCUGACAAGGUUCUCCUGCUCCUCACCAGUUCACAUCAUCAGAAUGAGGCAAGAAUAGCAUCAUACUGAAAACACAGGCACCUCAGGAAGGAGAAAGUAUUCUGGUUGCUGCCAAAAGUUGCUGAAGCAGUUGCUUCAGACUCAACCUUUUAACAACACAUCUGCCUUGGCUUCCCCUUCUCCCAGCAUGAACUGUCCUCCAUGGUGCUCUGUUCCCAGUCUGGACACACAACCUGGCUGCAUUCCAUAGCAUGAGGCAGUAGAACCACCAGCAAAGCUCCCACCCUUUUCUUGCCAGAGGAGCUGCUAUGGGAGGCUUUGAACAGCAGAACUUUCCAGCGUGGCCCUGUGUACCUGAACUCAAUGCAGAGGAGGAAGUGCAAGUUCCUGAACUCAGAUGCCAACUCCUGGAAGAGAAGGUGCCUGCUAACCCCACCUGGCCUUGCCUGAGAGUUGUAUAUUUUGAAGAGCCAGCAAUGUGGAAGCCCUCUCUGUACAUAUAUUUAUUCUGCUCUUUUCUCUGCCAUGCCAUGAAGCUUUUUCACUCUUUAAACUUGGCCAUUCCAAUUAAACUGCAGGAUGGUUUUCCUAAUGA